AUGUACAAAGUUGGCUGUCAGACUGUAGAAGAUGAUUCUGUAGUAUGUGAGAGCAUCGAAGAACUGUCGAUUUGCAAAGCGAAGAUGAAAUCUAAUGGUGAUGCGACAGUUAAAUUCGAUGUUGAUCAAGAAGUUAAGGAAGGAUCAGAGCUAUCAUCGAGGCAGGAUAACGAUGAAGUCGAUGGCGGUGAUGAAAAUAUCGUGGAUGAAGAAAACAGUGAUCAGGCGGGACUUCAACCAAGUAGCGGUGAUGAUGAGGACGCGGUGGUGAUGGAAGAGGAUGCACCUGGUCCUUCAAACUUUUAUGGUACAGAUCAUGCAGCAUUCCAUCUACCGACAAAUCUUGAAAUUCGUGAAGGUGUCGACUAUCAAUGUCCGGUACAGGAUUGGACAAUAGAAGAUGAUUAUUACGAUGAAGCAGAACGUGAAACUUGCCUUUGGCGACCUACAAAUCUCUUGGAAGUUGUUGACAUCAACGAUUAUCUUUCUAUUGCACUUUCAAGCUUCAAUAUUGAACAAGAUCGGGCAAUGUUCAUCUUGCAAUCAUCAGAUUAUAAUAUCGAAGAAGCUAAACAUCAACUCGCUAAACGACGAAUCAAAAAAGAACCGUGGAGUGAAGAAGACAUAACUAUUUUUAAGCAAGCACUGCAAACAUAUGGCAAACAUUUUAAUAAAAUCAAACAGUUGUUGCCACAUAAAUCCAUAAAGGAAAUUAUUAAUUUCUAUUACGACAAUAAGAAGAAACUAAAUUUUCGAAGUAUUAUUGAUACCUUUUUGGAAGAACACAAUCCUGAAUCCAGUAGUUCUGAAGACGGUGACCUGAACGCUAUAGAAAAGCGAGGCAGUCGAUGUUACAACUGCGAACAGACCGUAAAUUUGCGUCAUAUGGGUGAUUUAAAACUUUGCAACGCAUGUUUUAUUCAUUUUAGAAAUUAUCACCGUCACAGGCUAUGUCUAAAACCAAUGGGUUUUGAUGGAAACACCAACGAAAUUAUGAAAUGUCCUAAAGGUAUAACGGAAGUGGUGGAACGAUUUGUGGAAUUUGCAACUGAGGAAGAGGAUGUUGCACAAUCAUCAUCAUUAAAGAAAAGCGUUGAUGAAGUGGAAAGUGAUGACGAUUUGCAAAUUGUUAGUGUUAUUCGACCACCGGAACUGCGAUACACUCGGAUCUUAAAGCAUGCUUUCUAUGAUUUGCUGGAAUUUUUAAGAAUUUCUUACCUCAUUUUCAAACAGCUGGAACGAGAAGAAAUGCUUGCAAGAGGAAACUGCGUACGACUGGAGCAUAGAUUACGAAUGCAGUUUGAAAAAAAUUUAAAUGAACAUUUGGAACGUUAUCGAGUUAGUCGACUUCCGUCAUCUACAGCUUCUAGUCGUCCUCGACGUUCUCCAUCAUGGUCCUACAAAGAAAAGUGGCAAGCGUUGUUUGAAGUUUUCUUGAAUUUUUAUACCGUUUUUUUUUUUUCAUCAGCAUUUCAACGAUAUGGGAAGGAUUUUGAUGCUGUUGCGGAAGUGCUAGAAAGUAAAACGCCAGAUAUGGUGAAGGCUUUUUAUUAUGAAAUGCGAGAAGAAAUUGAUGAUAUGAUCAGCAAAACCAAUGACUACUAUCGCAAGUUAGCAAAUACUUAUGAAUUUGAUCGAAAAACUGAAGUUGAUGCAUCAAACGAAGUUAUUGAUAUCGAAUAG